AUAGUUUGCAAUUCUUUCCAACCAAAAAGCAAGGCGCUACUGGUAUCUUCUGGAAGAGUUAAUUAGUAAAAGAGUAUCUGCCGCCGCUCCAAACAGUAGGGGGGCUAGCGUCCAAAGCAAGCCUAAGUACAGUUUACGCUACUUUCUCCACUUGUUUUUUCUCUUUGCGUUCGUCUACUGCUUCUUCUUCUAUAUAAAGUCGUACAAACGGACUCUUCCCUCCUGCUCUACUGUAUCAUCUCGAUCUCCACCGUCCGUUAGCUCGUACUUGCAAAAUGGCUUUGCCUAAUCAGCAGAUUGUGGAUUACCCUAACUUUAAGCUUGUGAUUGUCGGUGAUGGAGGAACUGGUAAAACUACUUUUGUCAAGAGGCACUUGACUGGUGAAUUUGAGAAAAAAUAUGAACCAACUAUUGGAGUGGAGGUUCACCCAUUGGACUUUUUCACAAAUUGUGGGAAACUUCGUUUCUACUGCUGGGAUACUGCUGGGCAAGAGAAAUUUGGAGGUCUUCGAGAUGGCUACUACAUUCAUGGGCAAUGUGCAAUUAUAAUGUUUGAUGUCACAGCACGGCUGACCUACAAGAAUGUGCCAACAUGGCAUCGAGAUCUCUGCAGGGUUUGUGAAAGUAUUCCUAUUGUCCUCUGUGGAAACAAAGUUGAUGUCAAGAAUAGGCAGGUGAAGGCCAAGCAAGUUACAUUCCACCGGAAGAAAAAUUUGCAGUACUAUGAGAUUUCUGCAAAGAGCAACUACAAUUUUGAAAAGCCUUUCUUGUACCUUGCCAGGAAGCUUGCUGGGGAUCCCAAUCUUCAUUUCGUGGAAUCACCUGCCCUUCUUCCCCCCGAAGUCCAGAUAGAUUUGGCUGCACAGCAACAGCAUGAGGCUGAGCUUGCUCAAGCAGCUAUUCAACCACUCCCUGACGACGACGACGAUGCGUUCGAGUAAAUAAGAUGGGCCGUUUGCUGCUGCUUCACAACCUACUACCUCGCUCUUUUUGGUUGCAAAGCUUAUGAACUUCUAGAUAGAAGUAGUUUAUUGCGAAGAUUAGCGCUAAGUAGAUUGUGAUUUCGUGCGACGGCGGGCUGUCAGCUCUCAGCUGUUGGUACCCUUGUGUUGUGAGUAGAUAUUGUAACAACAGCCAAUGGCCAAGAGGUACUCCCAGAAAUUUUACUUUCUACUAGUCGAGACUUGUAGUGUUUGGGCGUCCCAUUUGAUUGAUGUGAUCUUGAACUUGUGAGAAGAUGGAAAGUGGUAGACGUAACCCCAUUCAACAAGCGCUGGGAGUCUCUCAGUAUUUACUCAUGUAGUCAUGUUCUUGCUUUGUGUUCCAA